CUCCUCUUGCUUUCCUAUUAUUCUUUGACGCCGUGUCGACUCAGACUGGCCUAAGCUAUUGUUUCCCAUUGGGCCAGUCUCUCCGUGUCCUGCACUUCGCCACCCCCUUUCGCAUAGGGUCGACUAUACUGAGCUUGACCAAUCAGACGUCUCGGAUUGGGACACUUCAUUGCAGAUGCUUGUCCUUGCAAGAUAUUCAUUCCGGGGUCACUGACUGUAGGGCGGGUAUAAAACAAAGAGACCAAUUUGAGAAGUACAGGUCAACCAUCGGACCCAUCCAGAGGAAUGCUUUAGGUCAGCAACAAUAUACACUUGUGCUUCUGGCAAGCCUCUCUCCCGGCACACAUGCUCAUAGCAACGUCCUAUCUCGACCAGAUCCUCUUCAACAGCACCCAUAUCACAAUAUGACUAGUACGUCGUCUGAAAUCGAGAUAGCCGCCCAACACCUUGCCAAGGCGAAACGAAUCGUCAUCCUGACAGGCGCGGGCAUUUCCACCGCCGCCGGAAUCCCCGACUUUCGCUCCCCCACCAGUGGUCUCUACGCGAAAUUGGCACCCCUCAAGCUGCCCUUUCCGGAGGCGAUUUUCCAUAUCAGCUAUUUCACCCAUACUCCGGAGCCAUUCUACGCCAUCGCAAAGGCUCGCCAUCCCCGCUGCCUCAAACCGACCAGAUCCCACGCAUUCCUCGGUCUGCUCGCGAGGAAAGGCCUGCUCCAUUUCCUGUUUACCCAGAACACCGACGGUCUCGAAGAAAAUGCCUUCGUCCCCGCAGACAAGAUGCUUGCGGUGCAUGGGAACUGGAAGACGCAGCGUUGUCACAAAUGCAACACGCCGUACCCGGACGAGCUGAUGAAGAAGGCCAUCGCCAAGCGAGAAGUACCGUACUGUCUUGAGGCGAGGUGCAAGGGAGCAGUGAAGCCGGAUGUGGUCUUCUUCGGCCAGUCGCUUCCCGCUGCAUUUGAUGAAAAAGAGAAAUUGGUAGCCGAGGCGGAUCUGGUGAUUGUUAUGGGCACAAGCUUGAAGGUUGCCCCGUGCUCGCGGCUACCGCGGUUGGCGAGGGAGGGAGUUCCACGAAUCCUCAUCAACAUGGAGAGUGCGGGGGACUUUGGUACACGACCAGAGGAUGUUCAAAUCCUUGGAUCGUGUGAUGAUGGGUUGGAAAAGUUAGCCGAUCUGCUAGGCUGGUCGGAGGAACUGGACAGUCUCUGGGCCGCGGCUACGAAAGAAAAGCCGACCGAUGACGAGGAAGAGAUCAGCCUAGACGAGUGUAUUAAUCGAUUGGUCCAGAAGAACCAAGGAAAGCAGGUGUCCGACGGACAUAAGCGCAUGCUAGAGACACACUUGCAGUCAAAAUUUGCCCAUGUGCUUCGGUCGAGUUAGACCAGAACGAAUGCAGCAAGAUACGCUUAUUGACAACCCAGGGAACAUAAACUCUCUGGUGUGAAUCUCUGAGACCCCAUCCGAUAGAAAGAAUGUACACUCUAACAUGGGAUCAUCUAGUCUAUCUUUUCAUAGAAUCCUUGCUGCACGAUUGUAUAAAAUUCUUUCAGUUUCUAGCCGGAGAUUUAUACUGGUCGGUGAUUCCUUAUUGGGCAAUUCGUCACGAGUGGCACAUUUUUGACUUGUAGGAGUACUGGAAGCACUCAUCCAUAUCAUAAUGCACUUGACAGUCUGCAGCGCUGUUCAUAUCGGUGAUGACGUCUAGGGAAACAUCAUCCCAGUCCGCUUCGGCCUGGUCGAGAUGUGAACGGACGAAGCGUUAAAGACGUCUUUGAG